CGGCAGCGGUGCUGCGGCUCAGCUGAUAAUUGAAGGGACCCGGAGCCGCCGCCGCCGCCGCCGCUGGGGGGGGUGGGGGGAGCGAGUGGAAGUUACUGCCGCGCCACCGAGUCCGGACCGGAGACUUUGGGGCCUAACUAGUGAAUGGUAGUGUCUAGAAAGGGUAUGUCCCUUCAAGAGAGAGGUGCCAAUGUCCAACCGGCCUAAUAACAAUCCAGGGGGGUCACUGCGACGUUCACAGAGGAACACUGCCGGGGCCCAACCACAAGACGACUCAAUAGGAGGAAGGUUACAUUUAGGGCAGGCAAAACAUAAGGGAUAUAGCCCUCCUGAGAGUAGAAAAUCUAAUUCUAAGGCACCCAAAGUGCAGUCUAAUACUACUUCUGAACUGUCAAGGGGACACCUUUCUAAAAGAAGCUGCAGUUCAUCAUCUGCUGUCAUAGUUCCACAACCAGAGGAUCCAGACAGAGCCAAUACUUCAGAAAGACAAAAAACGGGGCAGGUGCCUAAGAAAGACCAUUCUCGAGGAGUGAAACGCAGUGCUAGUCCAGACUACAACAGGACCAAUUCUCCUAGCUCUGCAAAAAAACCAAAAGCACUUCAGCAUACUGAAUCUCCCUCAGAAACAAAUAAGCCACAUAGUAAGUCAAAGAAGAGACAUUUAGACCAGGAGCAACAACUGAAAUCUGCACAAUCACCAUCAACAAGCAAGGCUCAUACCAGAAAGAGUGGGGCCACUGGCGGUUCACGGAGUCAGAAAAGAAAAAGGACAGAGAGUUCUUGUGUAAAGAGUGGCUCUGGGUCUGAAUCAACUGGUGCAGAAGAGAGAUCUGCAAAACCUACCAAGCUGGCUUCAAAAUCAGCCACCUCAGCCAAAGCUGGGUGUAGCACCAUCACCGAUUCCUCUUCUGCUGCCUCUACUUCCUCCUCGUCUUCUGCUGUAGCCUCAGCCUCCUCCACUGUACCGCCAGGUGCCAGAGUGAAACAAGGAAAAGAUCAGAACAAGGCCAGGCGUUCCCGUUCAGCGUCCAGUCCCAGUCCUAGAAGAAGUAGCAGGGAGAAGGAACAGAGGUCUUCUAAGUCAGAGACAUCAAAACCUGGACCUUCUGGAUUACAGGCCAAAUUAGCAAGUUUAAGAAAAUCUACCAAGAAGCGCAGUGAGUCUCCACCUGCUGAGCUCCCCAGUUUGAGGCGGAGCACACGCCAAAAGACCACGGGCUCCUGUGCUAGUACCAGUCGGCGAGGCUCUGGCCUGGGCAAAAGAGGAGCAGCUGAAGCUCGUCGACAGGAGAAAAUGGCAGACCCUGAAAGCAACCAGGAGGCAGUAAAUUCUUCAGCUGCUCGGACAGAUGAAGCUCCCCAAGGAGCUGCAGCCUCUAGUUCUGUUGCAGGAGCUGUUGGCAUGACCACCUCUGGGGAGAGUGAAUCAGAUGAUUCAGAGAUGGGACGUUUGCAAGCUUUGUUAGAGGCAAGGGGUCUUCCCCCUCACCUGUUUGGUCCUCUUGGUCCUCGGAUGUCACAACUUUUCCAUAGAACAAUUGGAAGCGGAGCUAGUUCUAAGGCCCAGCAGCUACUGCAAGGAUUACAAGCCAGUGAUGAAAGUCAGCAGCUUCAGGCGGUUAUUGAGAUGUGUCAGUUACUGGUCAUGGGAAAUGAGGAGACACUGGGAGGGUUUCCUGUCAAGAGUGUUGUUCCAGCUUUGAUAACGUUACUUCAGAUGGAGCAUAAUUUUGAUAUUAUGAACCAUGCUUGUCGAGCCUUAACAUACAUGAUGGAAGCACUUCCUCGAUCAUCUGCUGUUGUAGUAGACGCUAUUCCUGUCUUUUUAGAAAAGCUGCAAGUUAUUCAGUGUAUUGAUGUGGCAGAGCAGGCCUUGACUGCCUUGGAGAUGUUGUCACGGAGACACAGUAAAGCCAUUCUACAGGCGGGUGGUUUGGCAGACUGCUUGCUGUACCUAGAAUUCUUCAGCAUAAAUGCCCAAAGAAAUGCAUUAGCAAUUGCAGCCAAUUGCUGCCAGAGUAUCACGCCAGAUGAAUUUCAUUUUGUGGCAGAUUCCCUCCCACUGCUAACCCAAAGGCUAACACAUCAGGAUAAAAAGUCAGUAGAAAGCACUUGCCUUUGUUUUGCACGUCUAGUGGACAACUUCCAGCAUGAGGAGAAUUUACUCCAGCAGGUUGCUUCCAAAGAUCUGCUUACAAAUGUUCAACAGCUGUUGGUAGUGACUCCACCAAUUUUAAGUUCUGGGAUGUUUAUAAUGGUGGUUCGCAUGUUUUCGCUGAUGUGUUCCAACUGUCCGACUUUAGCUGUUCAACUUAUGAAACAAAACAUUGCAGAAACGCUUCACUUUCUCCUAUGUGGUGCCUCCAAUGGAAGUUGUCAGGAACAGAUUGACCUUGUUCCACGAAGUCCUCAAGAACUAUAUGAACUCACAUCUCUGAUUUGUGAACUUAUGCCAUGUUUACCAAAAGAAGGCAUUUUUGCAGUUGAUACCAUGUUGAAGAAGGGAAAUGCACAGAACACAGAUGGUGCGAUAUGGCAGUGGCGUGAUGAUCGGGGCCUCUGGCAUCCAUAUAACAGGAUUGACAGCCGGAUCAUUGAGGCAGCCCAUCAGGUCGGUGAGGAUGAGAUAAGCUUGUCCACUCUGGGACGAGUUUAUACUAUUGAUUUUAAUUCUAUGCAGCAAAUCAAUGAGGACACGGGAACAGCACGUGCCAUUCAGAGAAAACCUAACCCCUUAGCCAAUACUAACACUAGUGGAUAUUCAGAGUCAAAGAAGGAUGAUGCUCGAGCACAGCUUAUGAAAGAGGAUCCGGAACUGGCUAAGUCUUUUAUUAAGACGUUAUUUGGUGUUCUUUAUGAAGUGUAUAGUUCCUCAGCAGGACCUGCGGUCAGACAUAAGUGCCUUAGAGCAAUUCUUAGGAUAAUUUAUUUUGCGGAUGCCGAACUUCUGAAGGAUGUUCUGAAAAAUCAUGCUGUUUCAAGUCACAUUGCUUCCAUGCUAUCAAGCCAAGACCUGAAGAUAGUAGUUGGAGCACUUCAGAUGGCAGAAAUCUUAAUGCAGAAGUUACCUGAUAUUUUUAGUGUUUACUUCAGAAGAGAAGGUGUAAUGCAUCAAGUAAAACACUUAGCAGAAUCAGAAUCUUCGUUGACAAGUCCACCAAAGGCGUGUACGAAUGGAUCAGGAUCUUUGGGAUCCACAACUUCAGUCAGCAGUGGGACAGCCACAGCUGCCACUCAUGCAACAGCUGACUUGGGAUCACCCAGCUUGCAGCACAGCAGAGAUGAUUCUUUAGAUCUCAGCCCUCAAGGUCGAUUAAGUGAUGUCCUAAAGAGAAAACGACUGCCAAAACGAGGGCCAAGAAGGCCAAAGUACUCACCUCCAAGAGAUGAUGACAAAGUAGACAAUCAAGCUAAAAGCCCCACCACUACUCAGUCACCUAAAUCUUCUUUCCUGGCAAGCUUGAAUCCAAAAACAUGGGGAAGGUUAAGUGCACAGUCCAACAGCAACAACAUUGAGCCAGCACGGACUGCAGGAGGUAGUGGUCUUGCCAGGGCUGCCUCAAAGGAUACCAUCUCCAAUAAUAGAGAAAAAAUUAAAGGUUGGAUUAAGGAGCAGGCACAUAAAUUUGUAGAACGUUAUUUCAGUUCUGAGAAUAUGGAUGGAAGCAACCCUGCAUUGAAUGUCCUUCAGAGACUUUGUGCUGCAACUGAACAACUCAACCUCCAGGUGGAUGGUGGAGCUGAGUGCCUUGUAGAAAUCCGUAGCAUAGUCUCAGAGUCAGAUGUUUCAUCAUUUGAAAUCCAACAUAGUGGAUUUGUGAAGCAGCUGUUGCUUUAUUUGACAUCUAAAAGUGAAAAGGAUGCUGUGAGCAGAGAGAUCAGAUUAAAGAGAUUUCUUCAUGUAUUUUUUUCUUCUCCACUUCCUGGAGAAGAACCAAUUGGAAGAGUGGAACCAGUGGGUAAUGCACCUUUGUUGGCAUUAGUUCACAAGAUGAACAACUGCCUCAGCCAGAUGGAACAAUUUCCAGUCAAAGUACAUGAUUUCCCUAGUGGAAAUGGGACGGGAGGCAGAGGAUCACAGGCUUUAAAAUUUUUCAACACACAUCAAUUAAAAUGCCAGUUACAAAGACAUCCAGACUGUGCAAAUGUAAAGCAGUGGAAGGGUGGACCUGUCAAGAUUGACCCUCUGGCUUUGGUACAAGCUAUUGAGAGAUACCUCGUGGUUAGAGGGUAUGGAAGAGUAAGAGAAGACGAUGAAGACAGCGAUGAUGAUGGAUCAGAUGAGGAAAUAGAUGAGUCUCUGGCUGCUCAGUUCCUAAAUUCUGGAAAUGUAAGACACAGGCUGCAGUUUUAUAUUGGAGAACAUUUGCUGCCAUAUAACAUGACUGUAUAUCAGGCAGUACGGCAGUUUAGUAUACAGGCUGAAGAUGAAAGAGAAUCCACGGAUGAUGAGAGCAAUCCUCUAGGCAGAGCUGGUAUUUGGACAAAGACUCAUACAAUAUGGUAUAAACCUGUGAGAGAGGAUGAAGAAAGUAAUAAAGAUUGUGUUGGUGGUAAAAGAGGGAGAGCCCAAACAGCUCCAACAAAAACUUCCCCUAGAAAUGCAAAAAAGCAUGAUGAGUUAUGGCACGAUGGAGUGUGCCCAUCAGUAUCAAAUCCUUUAGAAGUUUACCUCAUUCCCACACCACCUGAAAAUAUAACAUUUGAAGACCCGUCAUUAGAUGUGAUCCUUCUUUUAAGAGUUUUACAUGCUAUCAGUCGAUACUGGUAUUACUUGUAUGAUAAUGCAAUGUGCAAGGAAAUUAUUCCAACUAGUGAAUUUAUUAACAGUAAGUUAACAGCAAAAGCAAAUAGGCAACUUCAAGAUCCUUUAGUAAUCAUGACAGGAAACAUCCCAACAUGGCUUACUGAGCUAGGAAAAACCUGGCGUACUGUGAACAGAGAGGAGCUGCUGAAACAGGCUGAGUCUGUGAUGCAGGACCUCGGCAGCUCGCGGGCCAUGUUAGAAAUCCAGUAUGAAAAUGAGGUUGGUACAGGUCUUGGGCCCACACUGGAGUUUUAUGCACUUGUAUCUCAGGAACUACAGAGAGCUGACUUGGGUCUUUGGAGAGGUGAAGAAGUAACUCUUAGCAAUCCAAAAGGAAGCCAAGAAGGGACCAAGUAUAUUCAAAACCUCCAGGGCCUAUUUGCGCUUCCCUUUGGUAGGACAGCUAAGCCAGCUCAUAUCGCAAAGGUUAAGAUGAAGUUUCGCUUCUUAGGAAAAUUAAUGGCCAAGGCUAUCAUGGAUUUCAGAUUGGUGGACCUUCCCCUUGGCUUACCCUUUUAUAAAUGGAUGCUACGGCAAGAAACUUCACUGACAUCACAUGAUUUGUUUGACAUCGACCCAGUUGUAGCCAGAUCAGUUUAUCACCUAGAAGACAUCGUCAGACAGAAGAAAAGACUCGAACAAGAUAAAUCCCAGACCAAAGAGAGUCUACAGUAUGCAUUAGAAACCCUGACUAUGAAUGGCUGCUCUGUUGAAGAUCUAGGACUGGAUUUCACUUUGCCAGGGUUUCCCAAUAUCGAACUGAAGAAAGGAGGGAAGGAUAUACCAGUCACUAUCCACAAUUUAGAGGAGUAUCUAAGACUGGUUAUAUUCUGGGCACUAAAUGAAGGCGUUUCUAGGCAAUUUGAUUCGUUCAGAGAUGGAUUUGAAUCAGUCUUCCCACUCAGUCAUCUUCAGUACUUCUACCCGGAGGAACUGGAUCAGCUCCUUUGUGGCAGUAAAGCAGACACUUGGGAUGCAAAGACGCUGAUGGAAUGCUGCAGGCCUGAUCACGGUUAUACUCAUGACAGUCGGGCUGUGAAGUUUUUGUUUGAGAUUCUCAGUAGUUUUGAUAAUGAGCAGCAGAGGUUGUUUCUCCAGUUUGUGACUGGUAGCCCAAGAUUGCCUGUUGGAGGAUUCCGGAGUUUGAAUCCACCUUUGACAAUUGUCCGAAAGACGUUUGAAUCAACAGAAAACCCAGAUGACUUCUUGCCCUCUGUAAUGACUUGUGUGAACUAUCUUAAGUUGCCGGACUAUUCAAGCAUUGAGAUAAUGCGUGAAAAACUGUUGAUAGCAGCAAGAGAAGGGCAGCAGUCGUUCCAUCUUUCCUGAUCACAACAAGAAAUGCAGUGUCUGCCUGUUACAGCAACAGAAACAAAUCAUGAUUUCUUUUCUUAUGUAUCACCUGAGUCAAGGAAACAUGUUACGCCUUCUUGUUGUAGGAAAAACGGCUUGCAGAUUAUAAAGAGACACUUGGUUCAUAUUCAUUAAUGGCCCCAUGGACUUAAAGUGAUCAGGCCCUAAAACGUUGUUGUCAUGAGGUUUCUUUAGCAAGUUAUUGUUUAAAUUAUCAUUUAUUUGAUGAGUGAAGUUUUUAACAUGCUUUGCUGUGUGAAAUUUAAAAAAGGGAUGUUUUUCCAGGCUGGAACAAUAAAUGUCGCUGUGCAGUUUAAUUCUGGGCUGUGUGUAUCCAUCUAGCUAAGUCUGCAGUUUUGUUUCCUCCAAAGACAACUCUUGUACAUAAGUACAGAAAUUAAAGCUCACAUGUAUUUGACAAAUGUAGUUUAGUAGACUAGCUCUAUGUGCUUUUCACUUUCCUCUGAUUUCCUCUCCCUGAUUCAUUAUUGUCUGUGCAGCUCACAGUUUUGUUUUGUUUUUUUCUAUACAACACUCACAGUUCUCAAAUCUUCGUCAGCCAUGGGCUUUUGUUGUCCCAUGUUCUCUCCAGCUAAGAUCUAAUUUAAAAUUCAUUGGAUUGAAAUAUAUUGAAUAUAAUUCAAUCUUUGUAACUAGGUAGACUUUUCUUAUAGCUUAGUUUUAAUAUAGUUUGGGGUAUUACUGGCUUUUUGCCAGGUGACACACUAGGACUGUUUACAUGGCAAUUCCAGUAGCAACAGCCUCUGGAAUGAGACAAGGAAAGCUCAUUUGUUCCUUUUAUGAAGGUUAGAAAGUCUACAGCUUGGGCUGGCCGGUAUUUAUUAUUCUGCAGCCAGAGCAUUUUAAAUUAAUGUAAAUUUUUUAAACAAAGUUAGCAGUUUUCCUUCCCUGUUGGAGUAAAUAUUCUUUUUUCUUUGCUCUUGUUUUAGGUUUUUGUUCAUAAUCUUCUUUAUUCCACUCUCCUCUUCCCCUCUCCCAAUACUGACUUGGGACAAAACAGUUCAGCCUUUGUCUCGACGCAGAUAAAAACACCUGUAAGCAGUGCUGUCCAGUCAUUUUAUGUGCUGAUUUCUCAAAUCUGCAAUAAUCCAUCAGGUUAACGUUUUUACCUGAAAAUAAAGUUUGCUUCAUCUUUUUGUUUAUAGUUUUGUGCUGUAUGCAUAACUUUCAAUUGUAUAGAUGUCUUUCAAUGCAAGUCAAUCGAUGUAUCUCCAUGAUUCAGGUCAUGGCUGAUUUUGCUAUUCAAACAAUUUAUAGUAGCAACUUGAACAUAAAAUGUGAAAAGAAAAUGGGAGGAGAUUCCUUCCUAAGGUCCAAAAUUAAGCCUGUGGCAUAAAUUUGAAGGAAUUUUCUAUAAUUCAUCUCUUUGAAAAUGAGAGAUGAGCUAGUUUUUUUAUUGAACUUUGAGAAAUCAGUUUUCUUUGUUCUGCAAGUCUUAUUUCAUUGACAUAGAAGCCCUUUUCCCUAUCUCACCACCCAAAAGAAACUCAGUGGUUUGUUUGACAUAGAUUGCUGUGUCAAUUUACACUUAAAUGGCCUUAUAUGGAAACGUCCCCUCCUGAAAGUUCACUUGGUCAGUGACCCCAUUAAGUGCAAGGAACUGUCAGAGGAGUUGGGGGCAGAGCUGUCUCCCUGUCUCUGCAGAGGCUCUGACAAGUAAAUGGCUUUUCCCUGAAAUCCAAGAAGGUAAUUGUGUUUCUGCAGUUUCACCGCGAACAGCGGUUGCUGGGCAGCUUCAUCAAGUGAAGUUAAAGACGGAAACAAUUUGUUUUCAACUGUUCUGAUAUCUUCCUGCGAACUAAGCACAAGGCUUUUGUGUGAACAUAGCAUUUUGUUCCUGAUUUUUAAAGGGUUCUGUUAAAAUUCAGACAUGUAUAAACAAAAUAAUGUUUUAUCUGUACUUGACAUUUUAUCCAUGUUGCGACCCUGGCAAAUCUGGCCUCAUUGAUUCCAGCAUCUAAUAAGUAUAUAUGGUGAUUUUGACUCAAACUCUGAGUGUUUCAAAAUCAGUAGUUAUCUGUUUAAAAGCCUCAGCCUUUAUUAUCCCUCCUUCAAUACAAGGCACCUUUGGUUAAUUUGGGGCAGGACAACUCUUCCCAUUUGAAAGUAAUCUCUUGGCAGAGGCCUUAUUGCAUCAGAGGGAAAAAGUAUAUACUUAAUUUGCUAUUACUCCAGUUAUGCCUUAAAUUUAUUUGCUUGGUAAUCCUAUCAACAAGCACUAAUUUUUUAGUAUACUUUAAACACUUAGUUGGAUAGCAACUGAGAUUUUGUCAUCCUUUAGUUCUUGCUGAGAUAGAGUCAGAUGUUAGUCAUAGCUAACACCGAAUUUGUGUUGUCAUUUAGACAGUUACUGAUUUGAUUUGCUUUAUAUAUGAGAACAUAUUUGUAACUGUUCUACUUUAAGAAGGAAGAGGUAGCUAAAUGUAAUUCCCUCUUCCUAUCCCCCCAGAAAACUGAACUGUAAAUUCUAAAUAGACUAAUUGGGAGCAGACAUGGAGUUUUAGAUGCCUUAGCCAAACCCAGCAGAAACUUUUCACACAGCCACUCAUUAUAAGAAAUGCACAUUUUUCUCUUCUCGUGCUUGGCUCUGGUUCCCUGCAUUUGUAGUGACAGAGAACUUACUUUCACUGUAGCAGAAUAUAAGGAAAGUAAUUAUGCUUGAAGCCCCUCGUUCCUGGGUUUGAGUUAGGUACAUAACAUGGAAAGGAGUGGUGCCUUCAACUGAAUAUGAUCAUUCCCUAUUCUGGAGUGACUUCCCUAGGACAUCCUAUACAUCCUCUCCCCGAAGGCCAAGGGACAGAGCACUAACUUCAGUAUCCAAGAAAUUAGAUACAAAAUUUUUGAUUUUCCACACUGAGGACUGUCACGUGUAAGUUGUAAGUUUGUCGUCUUCCCUCUGGCUUAGCAGGUGCUGGGGCUGUACUCUCGAUUCCUGUCAGUGAGCAUGAGUUCAGGAAAUGGGAGUGGAGUCUAUUAAAAAAUAAAAAAAAUGUGAUGGAGUUUUUCAUACAAGUGCAUUCAUAUGCCAAAUCCUUUUUGGAGGAUUCUGGAUGCUAUUGUUCAUUUCUCUAUUAGCAAAAUGAUCAAGCCUUCAUUUAUUUUAGGCUUUGUUUUUUGAUCCAUUUUGUUUUCCCUGCUGUAAUGAGAACGUUGUUUGGAAAUGUCAUAUUCUGUAUUUAUGAUUCUCUGAGAAAUGCUUUUGUAUGAGUCUUAGGUUUGACAUUGCAGUAGUUGACAUACACGGUAAAGGAUAACAUAGUGACAAAUCACUGAAGAUGCUUCCUUUGUUACCUCAAAAAAAAAAAAUCCAGACAAAAUAGCAUUUAUAAAUAUAGAAAACAGGAUUGGCUGUUUUCCAAGAACUUCAAGUUAAUUCUUAUGCAAGGAAAAGUUCUUAACGCUAAAGACUUGUUCUGCAUAAAGGAGACAUUCUUUAAUAAUGGAAGAGGUGGUUUUAUUUUUACUACAAGCCGACUCAUAUUUCCAAACCUAUAACCAAUUGCUGAUCUCCUGUGUAAAGCAUUUUUUUUUUCCUUUUCUCUGAAACAGUGAUUUAUAUGAACUGUUGGAAUAAUGGAACCUCAAACUACAGAUGUGUAUGUAAAAUUGCAUAAAUGCACUGACUUCCUUCUCCCUGACUAUAUUUUUAAUAAACAGCAUUAUCCUA